AAAAAACUUUGCACAUCGUUAGCAAAACUAAAAUAAAGAUUUAAUACACCAGCACCGCGCCAGCGGCAGCCCGAAUUACCCCACUGCUGCAUCUCGUCAUGACUGCUACUUCCAGCUGCACUAUUCGCAAUUGGUUACAUCAGAUUGAUGGCAACGAUUACGCCUUGCUGGAUCGCGACUCCGUGGAUGAACGGCCUGCAAAGCGAAUCUGUAUUGAUCCCCUCCAGGCGCACGAAGUUACUGCUCAAUCGUGGCUUCCUUCGAGCCCCCCAAUGCCAACAUCAACAACGGUGCCGCUGCGCGUUACGCUGAAGCGAACAACUGAUGAGAUGAGCGAUGCGCCGGCUGCCGUUUCCGCCAUUGCCCCUCCUCUUGCCCUCCCACCGCGCCUGCCUUCGCCGACCAAACGACGCACCCGAUCGACGAGCCCCCUCAAACGCACGAACCUCCGACUCCUGCAAAAGCCCGUUCACAUCAAGACUUUCGCCGCUGGUGACACGCUGCCGGACGACAUUGAGCCGCUGCUGUCGCACGUCCAACAGGCAGUCAACAGAGAGGAGGUCAUACCCUCCGAGGUGCGCGAGGCGGCCGUCGCAGCGGAGGGAGCUGGGUCACUGCGGCCAUGGCACUUCCGCAGCACAGCAACCCCUGGCGCCGAUGCACUGCACGAAGCACUGGUGGCCAUCCGGCAAGACGCGGUCGCGGCGACCGAGGGUGAAUACCACGAGGCGGGCUGGAACAACCUGGUCCACACGCCGCUGCUGCGCCAUGUGUUUCCAUCACGCGUCGAAGUCGGCCGCACGGGUGCUCGGCUGGUGCCCGUCAUGUCGGCCGUCAUCCACAACAACUACGUACCGGGCAAAUUUGCCAGCACGUCCGCGUUGCUGAUGAACCGCCUGCACGGCCACCUUGGCGGCGACUCAGCGUCGGUCGCUGGUGACUCGGUGUCUGGUUCUGGCGAGGGCAGCAAUGCAGGGAGCAACACGGCCGGUCCGUCGGUGGACGGGCGACGGAGCGACAGUAAGAAGGUCGACUACGUGGCCUGUCUGGACGUAGCGGCAGACACACCUCUGUCGAAGGUCCUGUACAAUGUCACCUACAACCAAGGCGUUGAGGCCGACAUCCUGCCGCACGUCAACCACGUGCUGUACGCGCCGCUGCAAUGGAGUCCGAUCGCCGUGUCCAUCGAGACGAAGACAGAGGAGUCGUCGCGCGACGCCAUGCUGCAGUUAAGCAUCUGGGUCGCGGCCUGGCACAAUCGCAUGGACGCACACCGCCAGCUCAUCCGACGCGAGCUGCCGGAGCUAUGGACGGCGCGGACUGGAGCCGAAGAGGCGCGCAUUCCCAGCACUGUGCUCUUUAAGGUGGUGAACAAUUCGUGGCUGCUUUAUUUCGCCUGCGACCGCGGCACGCAUAUCGACCUGCUAGGGCCUUUCGACGUGGGCGGUACGCAAAACCUUAAAGAUAUUUAUGCACUGGUUGCCGUACUUUUGGCCGUGAGGAAUUGGAUGGAGGAAGGCUUCCGCGAUAGCGUUGCCAAAUGGUUUAUGUGCGAGGCCAUAAAUCGAGCGCUUUUCGGGGUUACAGAUAAAGAGGAAAGUGGAGCACAGCCACUGGAAGCAUGGACCCCUUAUUGAAUAGCACGAACAACGUUAGAUGACACUUUGAUUCCUUGAACCGAUCGUGUCCCACAAGCCUCGUGGGCUUUCGUACUGCGACGCCACUUUUAGCUAAAUCCCCACCAAAGUAGUCUGAAUACACACCACCAAGCUACAUACAAAAAUCAACACAUUCCAAACGCCAUAUCAAAUCAGAAAAAAAUGUUAAGAUAAAAAUUCG